AUGGAACAGGGCGUGAACGAGUUUGGUGUUGAACAUAUCAUCAUAGAUAAUCUGCAAUUUCUUCUCGGCACGUCCGGAAAUGUUUAUGAGGAACGAUUCCAACGCCAAGAUCGAUUUGUACAGAAAUUGCGUUCAUUUGCCUCAUACAAACGUGCUCAUCUCACCAUUGUGGUGCAUCCACGAAAGGAAGAUUUUGAUCGACACCUUUCGAUAUCUAGUCUAUAUGGGGGUGGUAAAAUCGCGCAAGAGGCGGACAAUAUUCUCCUCCUCCAGACGGAAAACAAUACGGCUUAUCCGAAAAAAUUCCUCCAGCUGUCCGAUGCGCUGCCAGGUGUCAGGUGCGGCAGUAAGGAUGAGAAAGAGAAAGCGGAUGAGGCAUCUUGGCUCACUAAAUUCCAUGUGUAUGUGUUUGCGGUCGAAGAGCUCUUGAAUAAAUAA